CCAUCCUUGUUCCCUCAGCAGCCAGCAUGGCUCUGCCCCUACCAGCCUAUCUCGCCACAUUCUCACUACCCUCAGAGGCCUCUAGGGCGCCGCCUUACCCCGUCUCUAGGGUCACCUUUUCUGCGCCGGGUACAAUUUCAGUGGGGGAUUGACUUCUACAUCAGGAUUGACCAUGCGGGAUAUUACCACACAUAUCCUCACGUUGGUGGGAUAUAUCAGACCCUGCAGGAAGCAGAACGUGGGAUUGAGCGCUAUCUUCAUGGCCGCCGCGAUCCAAAAAUGUUUAAGAUGGAUAAUGUUUCACCAGUGGACAUCGCUAUACGUCAAUGUCUUUACUAUCCUGAUGGCGCAAGGAGGAGGCCCUUGAGAUCAGAACCAGUUGAUGAAAUCCGUGAUAGUAAGCUCCAGUUGGUUCAUGCUUUGGUGGACAAGUAUAACGAGGAUAACAAUCUUUUUGGGGAUCGUGCAUAUGAAAUCAACGCUGUAGGGUGCUACCAACCAUUUUGUGAGGGUGAUGUCCGCACCUGGUAUCAUCAUAUCAAUUUCACUGCAAAGACUAAAGGAGCGGUUUAUAGCGACGUCUUCUUCGCUGAAGUCAUAUUUAUGCUAGGAGAUUCUGAAGAAUUGCCGGUCAGCUGUUUAUACAUGGUUAAACCUACUGAUAAUGGUAACUGCUUUGGUUGUAUGAAUCAUGGAAACUUUGAUAUGAAGCACCCCAACGAUGUUGGUUAUGUUGGUGGUCACGUGCUGAACACAUUCAUGCCAUUCAACGGACCUAAGCUAUGCCUUGACGAUGAAGACCUGGAGGCAGAGGAGGCUAGGCUGAGAAGCAGUUUACAGUGCCUUGAUAGUCCACAAUUUAACCCUCCAUGCGGUCUGGCCAAGAAAUACCCAGGACCCCCAGGAUUCUUGGGCAGUGGGAUUCCCGGGCUGUAUUUCUAGGCAAAGAAAAUAUCCAAGAGGCUAAAGAGAGUGGAGGCAGGGAUGAGGACUUUGUUCUUAACAUUA